GAAACCUUCAAAGAGAACAAAUUAAAAAAUUACUGAAACGAUCCUUAAAAGUAUGCAAUCCUAUUGGAACACACUUAUACUUUGGUCUCUCUUCUAAAAGAAAAGGUUUAGAGUUUUUUUUUUUCUUCUCAUGUGAUGGAGUCUUUAAGUGGUUCAUGUCCGCCUGGAAACAGAGUUUUAGCUCCUGGUUUUAGGUUUCAUCCUACCGACGAAGAACUCGUUGUGUAUUAUCUCAAGAGAAAGAUUCGCCGCAAGAAACUUAAAGUCGCUGCUAUCGGCGAGACUGAUGUCUACAAGUUCGAUCCCGAGGAGCUGCCUGGCAAAGCGUUGUAUAAUACUGGAGAUCGACAGUGGUUCUUUUUCAGCUUGAGGGACAGGAAACAACAUGGAGGCAGGUCAAGCAGAGCAACCGACGGUGGAUACUGGAAAGCAACAGGUGUAGACAGAGUCAUCAAAUGCAAUUCUCGUCCCGUUGGAGAGAAGAAGACGCUUGUUUUCCACAGAGGCAGGGCUCCAAAGGGGGAGAGGACUAACUGGGUCAUGCACGAGUACACAAUGCACAGAGAUGAACUCAAGCUGUGUGGAGAUGUUAAGGAUAAUUUUGUUCUUUACAAGAUUUUUAAGAAGAGUGGGUCUGGUCCUAAGAAUGGUGAGCAGUAUGGAGCUCCUUUUGUUGAGGAAGAGUGGGCUGAGGAUGAUGAUGAGGUUGAUGUGGCUGAUGUAGUCGUGGUUCCUGAAAAUCAGCCCAUGGUUUCAGCUGGAAUGGGAAAUAAUAAUAUAUGGGCGGAUGGUGGGAUUAGCCAGUCUGUGUUGAGUGAGAAUGAUAUUGAAGAGCUGAUGAGACAGGUUAGUGAUGACAUUGGAGUGAACUCUCAUGUGGGGACAUGUAAUCCGGUAAACUUGGGAGAAGAUGAGUAUUUGGAAUUUAACGAUCUUUUGCUCCCUGAACCUGAACCAAGUUAUGUGGACGCUGUGCAGAGGAACUGGGACCAAGAAGAGUCUGCUGUGCUGAAUGAUAAUGAUUUCAUUGAUGUUGAUUCAUAUAUUGGUGACUUUGAUGCCACAAAUCCUCAGUCAGAACCUGUUGGUUUGAACAAUGGACUUGUACAAAGUCUUCCUUGGAGUAACCAAGCUAAUAACAACCAGUUCCAACAGCAAACAUGGAAGAACCAAGACAGCAACUGGCCACUUCGUAACAGCUAUACCAGAAAGAUAAGCAGUGGAUCGUGGACGCAUGAGCUAAACAAUGAUGAAGUUACUGUUUGCCGAUAUGGUGAGGCCCCUGUUACAAGUAAACCAACAACAGGUGAUGCAUCUGAAUCCACAAACCCUCCUACCUCUGGUAUAAGCAUAGCAAAGGGAACAGAAGCCACAACAGACGAGUCAAGUCAGUACUCUUCUAGUUUAUGGUCUUUCCUGGAGUCGAUUCCUGCAAGUCCAGCAUUUGCUUCAGAGAAUUCAUUUGUCAACCUGAACCUACUCAGGAUAUCAAACCUUAGUGGCCGCUACCGCUUUAGUUCUAAAACCACAAGUAGCAAUGUUGUUAUAAAAAAGAACUCCGGAGAAAACAACACCAACAAGAAGAACAACCACAAGGGCUUUCUCUGCUUAUCAAUCAUUGGGGCUAUGUGCGCUUUAUCUUGGGUGAUGUUGGGAACAAUGGGAGUUUCAAGGUCUUUGUUAUGGUGAGAAGAACCCUAAAGCAAAGACAAUGAACAUCAACAGAAAGAAAGUCUCAGAGUUCCAAUUAGUGAGCCGUAUCUUUGUAAUUGUUUUAUUAGCUUUAGAUUCAUAAACUGUCUAGUAUCGGUUUGUUGUUUUGGUUUGAACCUUUCUAAACACAGUUCCUAUCUAUGAAUGAUGUCAAGUUGUUAAAAACCCAACUACUUAAAACAAAUCAAGAUUUAUUGAAUCAUAUCCCUUGUACCAGAGCGGUUAUAUCCUGAAGCUGCUUCUUAACACUCAUAUCAAUUACCUUAGAACCCGAACUUCCAAACCUAAUCGUAAACCCAGCGAUCAAACUCUCAUCAAUCACAGUCCUAAUCCUCACAUUCCUCGCUCCGGUAAGUCUCUGCACAAGCCUCGCCACCUGAGCCAAAUGCGGAGCCUCAAGCUUCACCACCGACUUCACAACCACGAGCUCCGUCUUCGUCAUCUUAUUGUAAACCACUUCGAACUCCUUCAUAAUCUCAUUCACAAAAUCUAUCCGGUUCGAAUCGAUCAACACGUUCAAGAAGUUAGACGUGUGCGGAAGCAGGGAUAGAGACUCGGCGAUCAGGUCGAUCACCUCUCGCUUCUUCUUGAGCUCAACCGUCGGGUUUACGAGCAGGUUUAGAACCGUGGGAUCUGAGAAGGUCUUCGCUAGCUUCUCCACGUCGUUGCAGGUUGGUUGUAGAGUGUUGUUGGCUUUCGCUAAGUCGGCUAAGGCUGUUGCGUAGAUUUCGGAGACCUGUGAUGACAUUUUUACCCCGACGAGGUGAAGGCGGCGAGGGAAUUGGACGGUGAGAUGUGUGGUUACGUGAGAGGGGAGAUGGAGAUUGGGGCGGCG